UUUUAUGAAGUUGUUCAGAGCUUCCCUCGAGUGGAGGAAAAUGCGCGAGUGAAUUCACAUGUAAACAGCCACAGGUGGAGAAGACACUCAGAGUCUCUCAAAUCAGUCGACACCAACAGAGCUAGCAUGGGGCAGGAUUCCUCUGAGCCGGGGGGUUUCACAGACCUGCUGCUUGAAGAGGGACAGGACAACACCACCCAGAUUGAGGAGGAUACAGAUCAUAAUUAUUACACUUCAAGGACGUAUGGCCCGUAUGAUUCUACUAGCCGGGAUUUGUGGGUCAAUAUAGACCAAAUGGAGAAAGACAAAGUAAAGAUUCAUGGGAUCCUUUCCAAUACCCAUCGGCAAGCAGCAAGAGUGAAUCUGUCCUUCGAUUUUCCAUUUUAUGGCCAUUUUCUACGUGAAAUUACUGUGGCAACUGGGGCAAGUUCAUGGACUCUGGCUGGUGGUGCUCUGCCUAGAGGUGUGACAGGACAAGCAAACAGAAAUAAGGGUCACCAUCACCAGGACCAAUCCUACCCUGCCGCGGUCAAGAGAGUGAAUCUGUCCUUCGAUUUUCCAUUUUAUGGCCAUUUUCUACGUGAAAUUACUGUGGCAACUGGGGGUUUCAUAUAUACUGGAGAAGUUGUGCAUCGAAUGCUAACAGCUACACAAUAUAUUGCACCCUUAAUGGCAAAUUUUGACCCCAGUGUGUCAAGAAAUUCAACAGUCAGAUACUUUGAUAAUGGCACAGCACUAGUUGUCCAGUGGGACCAUGUACAUCUGCAGGAUAAUUACAACCUGGGCAGUUUCACUUUUCAGGCCACCCUUCUCAAUGAUGGGCGUAUCAUUUUCGGCUACAAAGAAAUUCCUGCUGCUGUGACACAGAUAAGUUCAACCAACCACCCAGUGAAAGUGGGACUCUCAGAUGCAUUUGUGGUCGUGCACAGGAUCCAGCAAAUUCCCAAUGUCCGUAGAAGAACAAUUUAUGAGUACCACAGGGUGGAGCUACAGAUGUCAAGGAUUACCAAUCUCUCAGCUGUUGAAAUGAUACCUCUUCCAACUUGUCUCCAGUUUACCAGCUGUGGUCCCUGUGUCACUGCACAGAUUGGUUUCAACUGCAGCUGGUGCAGUAAACUCCAAAGAUGCUCCAGUGGAUUUGACCGUCACCGGCAAGAUUGGGUAGACAGUGGCUGCCCUGAAGAGUCAAAAGAUAAGAUUUGUGAGAAGAAUAUAGACACAACUGAAACACCUCCGUACUCCACCACCACCCUUCUGCCAACCACCACAAAGUUCAGAGUUUUAACGACCACGAGAGGGUCCACCACUUCCCACCUGCCAACUAGCCUGCCCACAGAAGAUGACACCAAGAUAGCACUGCACCUAAAAGACAAUGGAGCUUCCACAGAUGACAGUGCAGCAGAGAAGAAAGGUGGAACACUUCACGCCGGCUUAAUUGUCGGCAUUCUAGUCCUGGUCCUCAUUGUGGCUGCAGCCAUCCUCGUGACCGUCUAUAUGUAUCAUCAUCCAACGUCAGCAGCUAGUCUCUUCUUUAUAGAGCGACGUCCAAGCAGAUGGCCAGCAAUGAAAUUCAGAAGAGGAUCUGGACAUCCUGCCUAUGCUGAAGUGGAACCAGUUGGAGAAAAAGAAGGGUUCAUUGUAUCAGAGCAGUGCUAAAAUUUCUAGGACAGAACACCAGUACUGGCCUACAGGUGUAAGACAUUUACUUUGCCUCUCUUUAAAGAAAAGGAGCCCUAAGCUGCUGUAGCCUGAUAGAAAGAAGAUUUUGGAUAAGCUUUGUCCAAGAAGAAAAACUAUCUAAGAUACCAGAUUACCACUGCAUAGUAGUUUUUGUUAGUGGACUGAGACACAAUGGUUCAUGCAGAACACUUGUCAGUGGACACCUACGGUAUCAGAACUAUGGCACAAGUGCCAUGUUAUUGGCUUUAGGUAUGGGGAUGCACAAUAAUCAAAAAUAUAAUAAAGCUUUGGUGC